AUGGUUUUCCAAAAACGUAAAUCACCAUUAUUACCAACGUAUAAUUAUAAUUCAACGACAUCAAAAUUUUCAUUAAAUUUCUUUAAUAAUAAAUUCUUAAUAAAAAAGAGUGGACUCUUUGGUAUAUUAAUAAUCAUUUCGGUAACGAUUAAUUUAUAUUACUUUGCAAGUUAUCAUUUGACAGAUACAUCGGAACCUUCAGUUAGAGGAGAAAAUUUAAUUGAUAACUCGUUAAAACAAAAUUUUUUGCCCGAUGCAUCACAUCCCGAAUUAAAAGAUUUAAUAAUUGUGGCCGGACACGCUAUCUAUUUAGGUAAUAAUCAAGGAGGGGAUGAAGAAAAAGAUGAGAAUUGGGUAUUAGAAGAAUUUCAAAAAGGUGGACAGGUUAAUACUUUUAUUAACCAUAUUAAGAAGGGAGUUGAAUUGGUUAAAGAAAAUGAGGAAGCCUUAUUAAUAUUUAGUGGGGGACAAACUAGACCAUCUGCUGGACCAAGAAGUGAAGCGCAGAGUUAUUACGCAUUAGCACAAUCGCUAAACUUAAUUUCAACCACAAAUUUCACAUCAACUACCAACACUUCUACAAAUCAUUAUCCAUUAAUCACGAGAAUAAUAACGGAAGAAUACGCAAGAGAUUCAUAUGAGAAUUUGUUAUUUUCCAUAUCUAGAUUCAAUGAAUACACAAACAACUAUCCAAGACAUAUAACUGUAAUAGGUUUUCAAUUUAAAAAAAAAAGAUUUGUAGAAUUACAUAGAUAUGCAUUGAAAUUUCCUCUAAAUAGAUUUAAAUAUAUCGGUAUUGAUCCGGAUAAUACUAGUCCUUUAGGUAGAUUUGUUGGUGAGAAUGUUAAUUCCAUGGGACCGUUUCAACGAGAUUUAUAUGGUUGUCAUGGUAAAUUACUAGAGAAAAAAUUGAUUAGAAAUCCUUAUAGGAGAAGUCAUCCUUACCAAAUUAGUUGUCCAGAAUUAUCUUCAUUAUUUAACUAUUGCCCUGAAAAUCAAACUCAAUUAUUCCCCGAUAAAUUGCCUUGGGAAAUCUAA